GUACCAACUGAAGAUCCCAGCGGUCAAAGUACUGUUAUGAGUAGAGGUGAUUAUUAUAGGAUUCUUCAAGCAGCCAGAGUUUAUACCAAGGAAGAAAAAGAAGCUCAGUUGGAAGCUUUAAAGAGACAGAAAGAACAAGCUCUGGAUGAAGCCCAAGAAAGAAAGAAUUUUAUGAAAUCCAUGGAUUUAAGCAGACGGAAAAAUGAAAAGUUAAAUGAACUUGAAGAAGAAGCUAAGCUUAAAGCAGAACAUUUAUUAGCUAAAGCCAAUGAAAUGAGACAAGAACAGGAAGAUGAAAUCAAACAUCUUAAUGAAUUGAUAUUAAAUGCUAAAUGCCAUGCUAUAAGAGAUGCACAGAUAGUUGAGAAGAAACAAAUUGUGUCUGAAAUGAGCGAAGAAGAAAAGAGAUUAGAUAAAAUGAUGGAAGUAGAUCGUCAGAAUGCUAUUUUGAUACAAGAGGAAAUAGAGAAGAAACGUAAAGAGGAACAGUUGAUUGGUGCUGCUAAACUGAUGGAACAGAUUCAGGAAAAUGAACAAGAACAUUUAUUUGAAUUGGAAAAGAAAGAUCAAGAAAAUGUUCACAUGCAAAAAUACAUCGAAAAAUUGAUGGAUGAAGACAGACUUAGUUUAGAAAAGAAGAAAAACGAACAGACCUCCUUGAGAAGUGAAUUAAACAAGGCCAAUGAUGAAUUAUUAAAAAGAAAAGUUGUAAAGAAACAACAAGAACAAAUGGAAGAGCUGAAAGUCAUUGAGUAUCAGAAACAGAAGGCUGAAAGAGAAGCCAUCUUUGAAAAAGAACAAGAAAAGAAACGAAUUGAAAAGGAGAAAGAGGUAGCUAGAUUGCGAGCUUUGCAAGAGAGAGCUCGAGAUGAACAAUCUGAAAGAGAUGCUCUCCGAGCUAAACGAGCUCAAGAACAAGCUGAAAGAGAAUGGAGACAGAAAGAAGCUGAAGCUAUGAUGAAGAAGGCCAAUGUUGAAGCAAGCUUAAAACAAGCUCGAGCUAACCAGAUGAAUCAGAAAGAACAUUAUCUUGGUGUUCAAGCUCAACGCGAACGAAUUGAAUUUGAAAGAGUCCUUAAAGCUCAGAAAGAAUUAGUGGAGAAAGAAAAGGCUCACGAAGAAAGAUUAAGACGAGGCAGAUUGCUACAUGCUGAUGAUGUCAGAUCUCAGAUCAAUAUGAAGGAAAAACAUAAAAUAAUGGAAAGGAACCAGUUUUUCGAGGAGGGUGUAAAACUCGAUCAAGAGGCUAGAUUACGAAGACAGAAAUUAGAGGAAGUUAAACGUAACAAAUUACACGAAUUAAGGUCUGCUGGUAUCCCUGAGAAAUAUUUGGCUCAAGUGGAGAGGAAAGUGAACCAACCUCAACAUGUAGCAUCAUAA